ACGCAGGAGACCUGGGUCCCAAGUGACAAAGUCUGGCCCAGCGCAUACAGGGGGGAGACACACUCUGCCCAGGGGCACCUGCAGUCUCCUGAGCAAGGGACUUGUAAGAGCUUACACAGCUGAGCCUGAAGGGACACACACACACACACACACACACACACACACACCUGCUUCUCUAGGCCCCCGAGCUUCUCCAGGUCACCCAGUCAUAACACUUCUUACUCUAGCCACCCACAAAGGCUGAGAGACCAUCUAGUGUGCCAGAGCUCCCUUGUGUCUUUGAGGCCAGCUCUGGGUCGCUGCGUCCACACUGCACAGUUGUCUCCAUGGUAGUGAUGAGUGCUUAGCCAACGCUGGGUCAGUCCACAGGUGCAGUCAUUCCCUGCCUUCCCUUCGUCUCCCAGCUCUGGGCAGCGAGCUUCUCUCAGACUGGGAAGGAAGGCAAAUCGCAGCCGCCCUUUCCCCUCCAGGGGUGGGCAGGAGGAAGUAGGCGCCCAGAGGAGUUUGCAGAAAUAUCUUGGGGAGGUGGCCCAGCAGAACUCGCCAGGGUUUAAACUGAGCGAGACAGGUCUGGGGCGUUUCAAGAGUGGGGUUGGGGUGGGGGUGGGGACAACGCCAAAGAGAAAGGGCUGAGGCUGUCUGUGGACUAGCGCCCGAGCGCCCUCCCGGGACCCUCACCCUUGAAGGCUCUGUCUCCCACUUCCGAGUGGGCGCCCAGCUCGGCUCCCUUGGUCCCCGCCUCCUCGGGCGCCGCCGCCCGGCCCCUCUCCGCCCCCCGCGUGCCCUCCUCCCCGCGAAGUUUCGGGCUGUCAGUCCGUCGGUCUCGGGCCGUCCGCACCGGGCAGCAGGCGGCAGGCGCCAUUGUGCGCGGAGCCGCGGGUGCCUGGGUCCCCGCGGGCAGCUGCCGGGGACCUGCCAGGGUCUGUGGCCUGAUCCCCAAAGAGGGGCUACUACUCCCUGUUGCCAUGAGAGAGACCCUGGAGGCGCUCAGCUCCCUGGGAUUCUCUGUGGGACAGCCAGAGAUGGCCCCCCAAAGUGAGCCCAGGGAUGGGUCUCCUAAUGCCCCAGGGCAGAUGUCCUCUGCCAGGGAAGAGAGAACAUUGAGCACGUGCUCAGGACACGAGGUCCCUGGCACAGAGGAAGGUGCCCAGACUGAACAAGCCGAGGCUCCCUGCAGAGGAGGCCAGAUGUGCACCCCACAGAAGGCUGAGCCCAUGGGCUCCUGCUCUGGUGAGGAAUGGAUGAUUCGGAAGGUGAAGGUGGAGGAUGAGGAUCAGGAAGCAGGAGAGGAGGUCGAAUGGCCCCAGCAUCUAUCCUUACUUCCCAGUCCCUUUCCUGCGCCCGACCUGGGGCACCUGGCAGCUUCCUAUAAACUGGAGCCCGGGGCCCCUGGGACAUUGGGUGGGCUGGCGCUGCCGCUGCCGGGGUGGGUCCCUGAGAAGCCCUUUGGAUGCGGAGAGUGCGAGCGGCGCUUCCGGGACCAGCUGACGCUGCGGCUGCACCAGAGGCUGCACCGCGGUGAGGGCCCAUGUGCCUGCCCGGACUGCGGCCGCAGCUUCACGCAGCGCACGCACAUGCUGCUGCACCAGCGCAGCCACCGCGGCGAGCGGCCCUUCCCUUGCUCCGAGUGCGACAAGCGCUUCAGCAAGAAGGCACACCUGACGCGCCAUCUGCGCACGCACACGGGCGAGCGGCCCUACCCGUGCGCGGAGUGCGGCAAGCGCUUCAGCCAGAAGAUACACCUGGGCUCGCACCAGAAGACCCACACCGGUGAGCGCCCCUUCCCCUGCACCGAGUGCGAGAAGCGCUUCCGCAAGAAGACGCACUUAAUCCGGCACCAGCGCAUCCACACCGGAGAGCGGCCGUACCAGUGCUCACAGUGUGCACGCAGCUUCACACACAAACAGCACCUGGUUCGCCAUCAGAGGGUGCAUGACGCUGCCGGCAGGGCCCGGCCCUGCCCCGAAGCGCCCACCUCGCUGCAUUCUCCCUCUGCAUCCCCUACACCGUCUCCGCCUGGGCCCAAGCCGUUGGCCUGCUCAGAUUGUGGCUUGAGUUUUGGCUGGAAAAAGAACCUCACGACGAACCAGCGUCAGCACCGCAGCGAGGCUCACCCUUUUGGGUGCGAUGAGUGUGCCCUGGGUGCCACCGCGGAUCCCACCACCACCGAGCCGUUGCCCUGCGAGCCUGGCGGCCCAGGCUGCAGCCCAGGCCCAGGCCCUGAGGCGCCCCCGCAUAGCGGCCCCGGCGAGCGCGCUUUCUUCUGCCCGGACUGUGGGCGUGGCUUCGCCCACGGGCAGCAUCUGGCGCGGCAUCGGCGCGUGCACACGGGCGAACGGCCCUUUGCCUGUGCGCAGUGCGGCCGUCGCUUUGGCUCGCGGCCCAAUCUGGUCGCUCACUCCAGGGCUCACAGUGGUGCCAGGCCUUUUGCCUGCGCCCAGUGCGGCCGCCGCUUCAGCCGCAAGUCGCACCUGGGCCGCCAUCAGGCGGUGCACACAGGCAGUCGCCCCCACUCUUGCUCCAUCUGCGCCCGCAGCUUCAGCUCCAAGACCAACCUGGUCCGCCACCAGGCUAUCCACACGGGCUCCCGCCCAUUCUCCUGCUCGCAAUGUGGCAAGAGCUUCAGCCGCAAGACCCACUUGGUGCGGCACCAGCGCAUUCACGGCGAAGCUACUCUGCCACCCUCAGAGGGGGACCUGGCAGCUCCAGCCUGGCCUGCUCCCACCGAGGUGGCGCCGGCCCCACUCUUCUGAGCCUUUGCUCACCAGGAUCCUUCUAUUACGCAGCUUCAAGAACCUUGAGGCCCUGAUACCUCAUGGCCAGUCAGCGCUAUGGCCUGGACUC